AUGACCGCCGAGCUCAGAAGAAAACUUGUCGUCGUCGGUGACGGUGCCUGCGGGAAGACUUGCAUGUUGGUCGUCUUCUCCAAAGGCCGCUUCCCGGAGGUGCAUGUCCCAACGGUCUUCGAGAACUACGUCUCCGACAUCCAUGUCGAUGGGCGUCACGUCCAGUUGGCAUUGUGGGACACAGCUGGCCAAGAAGAAUAUGAUCGCCUCAGGCCACUCAGUUAUCCUGACGCCGACGUAAUCAUGAUCUGCUUCGCCAUCGAUUAUCCAGACUCUCUGGAGAAUGUCGAAGAAACCUGGAUAGGUGAAGUGCGACAUAAUUGCCCGAGAAUCCCAGUUGUCCUCGUCGGCUGUAAGAAAGAUUUAAGGAACGAAGCCGAAAUCACUCGGUCUGGCAAGAGGAUGAUAUCCUAUGGCGAGGGACACAAUGUUGCUCAGCGAAUAGGCGCAAUGCAUUUCCUCGAAUGUUCAGCAAAAACAGGCGAAGGCCUACAAGAAGUCUUUCAAUAUGCAACCCGCGCCGCGUUGGUUAGCCGAAUGAAGCAGAAGCAUACCAAAUGUGUCAUUUUUUAG